UUUGUGCUUCAAGCCGCCCAAAACAGCAGCUGUACGAAACACUACACACGCCCUUCACUGAUGAUCAUUUCAUUAUAUUCACUUUCAAACUGUUUCUGAAACACAAAGAGGACGAUUUUUAUCUUUUAUCAACUUUUACACUUAAACAAGGCAUUAGAUUUACACGCGGCUGUGUUCCGUGGCUGAUGCUCGGCUUGAGUUUUGUCUGACCGGGGCAAAACAAACAUCUCCUCGCCGCGUAUUUUAGUCUCCACAGAAAGCCAAGAAGCUCUGCCUGGUGUUCACUGUGUUUCUGCUGCGCUAAACUAUUUUAGCACUCGAGUUUAGUCCUUAAAUGUAGGAGAAGAAAACACACGCGCGAGGGGCUCGCGGAGGCGCGCAGACACCGAGCGGCGGGUUGAGUCUGUAAGGUUCUCAUGUGUUGUUUAAGAGCGCGAGCGACAGACACUCAUUGAAGUCAGUGUUUGAAAGCCUGUAAAUCCUCUCCGAGAAAUGGCAGAAACCGCUCCAGCUGCUGCCGCUCCGCCGGCCAAAGCACCCAAGAAGAAGUCCGCCGCCAAAGCCAAGAAAGCAGGUCCAGGCGUCGGUGAGCUGAUCGUCAAAGCCGUGUCCGCGUCCAAGGAGAGGAGCGGCGUGUCCCUCGCCGCGCUGAAGAAAGCUCUCGCCGCCGGCGGCUACGACGUGGAGAAGAACAACUCACGCGUCAAGCUCGCCAUCAAGAGCCUGGUGACUAAAGGCACCCUGCUGCAGGUCAAAGGGACCGGCGCCUCCGGCUCCUUCAAGAUCAGCAAGAAGCAAGCCGAGACCAAGAAGAAAGCGGCUCCUAAAGCCAAGAAGCCCGCGGCCAAGAAACCCGCUGCUGCCAAGAAGCCCAAGAGCGCAGCGGCGAAGAAGCCCGCCGCGAAGAAAUCGCCCAAGAAACCCGCCGCAGCCGCCGCUAAGAAGGCGACAAAGAGCCCCAAGAAGGCGAAGAAGCCAGCGGCGCCCAAGAAAGCAGCCAAGAGCCCCAAAAAGGCCAAGACUGCCAAACCCAAGACGGCGAAGCCUAAAGCUGCUAAACCUAAAGCUGCAAAGCCUAAAGCCGCUAAACCUAAAGCUGCUAAACCUAAAAAAGCAGCUCCCAAGAAGAAAUAAACAUCUUCUGUUUUAUUCCCCAACGGCUCUUUUAAGAGCCACACACAAACUCUAAAGAAAGAGUAAAAUA